AAACGCUAAGUGGAAACGAAACCACCUUCAUCUACUCCCCUUUUGUCUCACCGAACCAGAAACAAAAGAAUCAAUGGCUUCAAUCCCGUUUACUUUCCAAAUACCCUUUACUUCAAAACCCACAAAUUCCUUCCCAUCUUUGCCAAAGCUCGGUUCCAAGUUUCUGGGUUCUCAAAAUUCUCUGUCUUGGUCUACACCUUCAAAGAUUGGACCCUCCAAUGGUUCAAGGACUCGAUGCUGGUUUAAGUUUGGUAAGAAUGGUGUUAAUGCUGAAGGUGCUGGCAUUUAUGGAAGCCAAAUCAGAGAUGAUUUCGACAGAGAUGAUGUUGAGCAGUACUUUAACUACAUGGGGAUGCUUGCUGUUGAAGGCACCUACGAUAAGAUGGAAGCUCUUUUGAACCAAAACAUUCACCCAGUAGACAUCUUGCUAAUGCUGGCCGCAUCAGAAGGCGACAAGCCGAAAAUCGAAGAGCUUUUGAGAGCUGGAGCUAAGUAUGAUGUCAAGGAUGCAGAUGGACGUACUGCCCUUGAUAGGGCUGUCGAUGAAGAAAUAAAACAGUUGAUCCUUAAUUUUUCUGUGCAAAAGGCUUGAUCUGGUUGAAAAAGUUAGUGUUUCAUGUAUAAAAUUCGCCUAUAAAUUCGAUGAACUUUUGUUACCAACUCGAAUGAUGAUGUAUCACUUUACCAA